AUGGCCCUCCUGCCGGAGUGCCUGGCGGUUGAUGUGCUGCGCUGGAGGUUGGCAGCCGCUGGAAUCUGGCAUCUGGUGCUGGUACUGUCAGUCUCGUGCACAACACGGGCGGUGCUGGGCAGCCAUGUGCCCCCCAUCUCCCUCACCCUCCUCUCCCAAGCAUUGGCCUUCCUGGGCCAGAUCGCGCUGUUCAAGCCCCACCCACCGAUAUCGAGCCCCAUCCUGAUACCAUGGGUGCCUCUGGGACUGAGGAUCGCACUAUCGCGUGCCCUGGGCCCCCUCUCGAGCCUGGCGAGCCUGGCCAGCAGCGUCACAGCGGCGGCCAGCCUCUGGCUCUCCGCCCUGCUCUCCCUCAGCCUGACCCUGGACCUGAAACUCGCUGGUCCCACGCAAGAAAGGAAGGCCAUCGUCUGGGCACUGCUCGCGGUGUUCGAACGUGGCAGCGACGCGGCGGACGCGGCGCGCGCGCUGGGCGCGCUGUGCCGCUCGGCCGUGUGGGAAGACCGGUCGGGCGUCGUGCAGGUGGCGCGGCCAGGGGUGGGCGAGGUCACGCACGCGCUGCUGGGCACGCUGGGGCGGGUGAGGGCGCUGGAGAGGCGGGCGCGGGCGCUGCCACCCGCGGCGCUCGACUUGGCGGCAGCGCUGGGCGGCGGCGGGCGGCGUGGCGAGGACGCCGCGCUGGCGCCGGUGUGGGCGCUGCAGGACGCGCUGUCCACCUCCCUGGCCGGGCUGGCGGACGCCUACGGCGCGGGGCUGACUUCCGCGCUGGCAGGUGCCUUAGGGGCGCGGGGGGGGGCUGGAGCUGCACAGGAGGCCAUGCGACUCCUGGCGCCGUUCAUGGAGUGA